UGCAACACGUCCAACGUAGCGUACACACCACACCGCGAUUUUCAUAUCGCACAUGACGUCAGUGAUCAACCCUCACUUCACACAGAUCUAGUAUUGCUUCAAUGGCGAGGUACAGAAAAGUGAUCGAGCAAUGUUGCUAGGAAUUUACACUGUUUUAGUUGAAUAAUACAGGCUUUAUGAGCAGUCUAACAUAUUGCCGCAAUGGUGCGGGAAACCAGACAUCUUUGGGUUGGAAAUUUACCGGAUAAUAUACGGGAAGAUAAGGUGAAAGAACAAUUUAAAAGAUAUGGAAGAGUUGAAAAUGUGAAACUUUUAGCGAAGCGAGAUUCAGAUGGAAGUCCGACCGCUUUAGUGGAUUUUUUGGAUAUAAAUAGCGCCACCAAAGCACACGAUGCUGUGAUCAAACUUGGUGAUCGUGACUUGCGUAUAGAGUACAACAAUCCAGACCGUUCACCGAACUCCUUGAUACCGGACGAACCCUCUGCAACACGCCAUCGCGAUUAUGAUGGCACUAAUCACGGUCGCCACUCGCGAUAUGAACGUCGCGGUGAGGGAUCCACGGAAAAUCGUUUUGAGCAUCCGGGUUCAACGUACGAUAGGAAUUUUGAUCGUGAAAGGAUUUAUAACAAUAAUAGGACUGGUCAAUUGAACAUUGUUGAGGAUGAUACGGACUCUACAACGAGUAGUUCUUUUCGUAACCGACGGACUUACAAUAACUUUUACUCACAUUCCAGAACUGACGGGAAUUACGAAGGGAAUUAUUAUAGUGGAAACCGGGAACAAUACGGACCAGGCUACGGCCGGUCAGAUCGUUCUGAAAACUAUGAUAGUAACAGGAAAAGUAAAAACUCAAGUAAAAUACGGACCAAUAAGAGCAAGAGUGGGUCAUCUCACUCGGGUUCAGUUUCUAGAUCACAGAGUUUUAGUCCGUCACGGAGCCGGUCACGGAGCCGGAGCAAUAGUUCAGACUCAAGGAGUAGUACUAGUGACAAUCGAUCACGGAGAUCAAAAAGCAGUGACAAAGGUAGUUUAAAUACGGACCAUACAAGUAGUUCAGGAGUUAAUAAACAAUUCGGAUUAUGCGUUAAGAAUUUACCAACAAGAUCUACAGAUACAAGUAUAAAAGAUGGGUUAUUUCAUGAAUUCAAAAAGUUUGGGCAGGUUACAGCAGUCACGGUCCAAGGCAGUGGCGAUGAUAGGUUCGGGAUUGUCUUCUUCAAAAGAUCUGAAGAUAUGGAAAAAGCAAUGCAGACUUCUAAAGGGAAAUUGUUCUUUGGAUCAGAAAUGAGAUUAAAUGCCUGGGAUGGUCCAGAUAUUGGAGUAGAUGAGAGCGAUAUUAGAUAUUAUGAGAAAGAAAUGGAUGAGUACCAUCCAAGGGCAACCCGUACACUUUUCAUUGGUAACUUAGACCGGACAGUUGCACGCGAGGAACUCGCUGAAGCGUUCCAGAAAUUUGGAGAUAUUCUAGAUAUUGAGAUCAAAAAGCCUCACGGAGCACAACCGUUUGCCUUUCUUCAAUUCUCCGAUAUCGAUAGUGUUGUAAAAGCGAGGAAGAACAUGGAUGGCGAGUUCGUUGGUAAAAAUAAAGUGAAGCUUGGGUUUGGAAAGAGCAUGGCAACGAAUUGUGUUUGGUUAGACAAUUUACCUCAGAACACAAGCGAGAAUUUUCUUUAUAAACUUUUCAACAAUCGGUUUGGCUCUGUCUCCCGUGUUACAUUUGAGAAGCCCAUUCCCAAAGCUCUGGUUCAUUUUCACAACAUGGACUGUGCGCAGAAAGCUGUUGUGGACGUGAAAAGUGGUCGACUCCACAUAUCAGGUAGAAAAUUAAAGGUUGAUUUCGCUAGUCGAGAAUGUCAAGAACUAUUUUAUGACCAAAUUCAGCGAAAUGGUCCAACUUUCACUGAUCGUAGCCGCGAGACAUCACCGACCGGCUCCUACUCAAGAUUCUUGAACCGGGAAAAUUCAAGUGAAUUUCGUGCAAGUGGCACCUCAUCAACAGGUACCACUUUUAGCCAGUAUGAGAGUCGGCAAAGAAGCCGGUCCAAUAGCUACUUCGGCAGCGGCACAAGAAGCGGGUCUUUUGGAGAGGAAGGCACCCAUUUUUCCAGCAAUUAUACUGGUAGUGGUAAUGGCACAGGAGGUUCCACGCCUUACUUUAAUAAGCAGGGAAGCUUCCAUGAUGGUUACAAUUCAGGGAGUGGCAGCUAUGAUCCAGAUGACUCAUAUGAGAAAGAGCUCAGGGAUUAUGGUCAUCACCAACGGGAAAGACAUGAGCAACAGUACAGGGAUGGCACUCCAAAGAGGUCAUCCAAAGACAGAUCUUUUGAUAGAAGUCGAAAACGAAGAAGUACUAGUGCAGACUCAAGGGAUUUCCAUUCAUCUGAUAAUAGUUUGCAAGAUUAUCGUAGCCGCAGUAAUUCACCAGAAUAUUGCGAAUCAAAGCGUGCACCCCGGAGUGCUGUAUCGGUCCAAAGAAAAUCUCGGAGCCGAUCACUCUCUCCGAUUGGAAGCACAGUCAGUAAAAAGAAAUACCAGUCUGAUUCUAUUGAAGUACGAUCUCUUGUUGAUUCAGACAGUGACAUUUCAAAACGUGGAAAAUACAGGAGCACAAAGAAAGAUAAAGAUUUUGAGGACUCCUUUUUUACUGAUAAAUUUCGCAAAAAAAGUGGAAAUCAAUCAUCAUUGGAUUGUAAAUACAAAGACUUGAAACCUGAGAAAUUACGAACAGGUAGACUAAAAGAUGCUAUUGAAGAGACAAUGAGAGCUAAUAAAAGAAAAGAAUAUGAAGAAAGUCGUUCAAAGCGUGUUUCGGAUAUGUUGAAAAAUGAUUCAUUAGAAACUAGUUUAUUAAACGAGGGUGGCUAUGACUCGGACAGAUCUCUAAAGAAGGCAGACAGUGAGAGUCAACUGAAACGACGGAAAAUUGAUUUUGAAAAAUCUAGCGAAUCUGAAAUGCUUAAAAAGGAUGAUGCACGUGGAAGUCGUAUAGGAAAUCAUUCAGAGAGAAGUCUUGAUGACAUAACUUUAAAAGACAAUGAAAAUUCAUUAAGGACUAACAUUGUUAGCUUAAAAAUACCUAAAUCAGCAGUUAAUCGACCAACUGUUGAGGAUCAUAACAUUCCAGUAAAAGUUAAAUCAGCUCUCUAUGACAAGAGAUUGGUAGCUGAGAAAUAUCUCAAUACUAAACGAGAGGCAAUUUUAUCAGAAAAACCAAAUAAAAAAGAACUUGUGAACAAGUUCAUGAGAAGCUUACGGACUGAUGCUGUUGAACCAGUUGAAAUGGGACUUGAAGAUUUUAUUAUUCUCAAGGAUGACAAUAAUUUUGUGAAACAAAGAACUUUUUGUCUUGAAGAAAAAUUAAAACAUACUGACAAAUAUUAUAAAACGUCAAAAGAAAGAUCUGAAAGUAAAUCUCCCCGAGAGAAGCAUUCAAAAGCUUCUAAAUUUCAUUUGGAAGACAAAGUGAUGUUGCCACAUUUGUUAGAAAUGGGUGAGAGCAAUGGCAGUGCCAGUGACACUGAAGGUCCUGGUUCUGAUGAGGAGCAUUUUAUAAAAAGAGACUUGAACUCAUUUGAUCAAUCGCGACCAUCAACUCGAAAGAUUUCCUUGAAAUCCAGUAACAUUCCAGAGCAUAGCAAGCCAGCCAUUGACGCUAGUCUCAGUUAUCGAAAGCAGAUGGAACAGCAACUAAGACAACAACAAAAUAAAGAUGAUGGAAAUUUAGAAAACAAACUGUCUAAUGCAGAUCAUACAAACGCUGCCUCUCUCAAGGAUGAUGACACUGUGAAUGAUAUGGUUUGGAAACUGUUACGUCUUUCACCGGUUGAACACAUGAGGAAAAAACCUCGGAGAGUAUCAGAAAAUGCCUUUUACCAACCAAACGAAGAGAGUUUUCUUAAAAGGAGCUAUCGACCUCGUCAAAGCAGCGAAGAUGAAGACUCAGAACUGAAAAUUGACUCAAAACCUACUGAAAUACCAAUAUCAGUAAAAGUGGAUAACCUUAAACCAGAUAAUGGCAGACCCACUGAUCCAAGAUUAGAACCCCGAGAACAAAGGCUGCCAGUUAGAAGAGAAAUACAAAUGACUCCAAAAGGAACUACUAUACCACUGAGUGUAACGGUUCCUGAAAUCGAGUCACCAACAGCACUGACACCAAUUAGUCCUAUUGCAGACCAUAAUUCCGAAACAGUAUUGGCUGAGAAAGCUGACAGGUCAGGAAUUGAGACUGCUGGUCAUGUUAUGACACAAAUGAAAUCUUCAGAGGCAGACUCCGAUAUUUCAAAUGAAAUAAAUUAUGAUAAAGGAAUUAAUGAGAAUCACAUGGGAAAUUUACAAGGACGUGUUACACCUGUACAUGAUGAACCUCUCAUACUACCUGGAAUACCUUCACCUGAUGUGCAGAGGGAUCAAGUAAGGCGCCCUCAUCAAUUUGGGACAGACUUCCACCGUAAUGCAGGUCAUCCAACCCAUAAGGAGAACAUAGGUUCUACGUUGUCCACCAGUAGCUUGACCAAGUCUCUUCAUUCAACCCAUGCUAAGUUUGGCUUCUCAAGAAUUCCUGAUGUUCAGGACAAAACAAUAGACAAUGCAUUCCUGCAGCCAACAUCCUUUGAAGCCAAGCUUAGCACUUUUACCUUACGAAAUCCUCUUAGAACUUCUGUAUCAUCAUUAUCUAGUGAGAACAAAACGGAACCACUAUCAACAAGAAUGAUGGUAGAGAAGGGUAUGUAUAGGAUUAGAAAAAGAACAACUGUCCCUUUAACUGAAGUUUCAACUUCUGUAGCUACAACUCUGACAAGUAAUAUGACUACUAGUGCUGUGACUGUAACAAGUGUUCCACCUUUGGAAAUAACAAAGACAUCUGCAGUAGAGACAAAAGGAAAAGAAGAAGGGGAAGCUAGAGGACGCAGAAUUAGUAUAUUUGAUCAAGAUUCUGCGCGACUUGCUCAUAGCGCUCAAAGAUUCAAACCUGGUUUACAUUUAGGAGAUAAAUCACCAGUGUUCUAUCCAACACCUACUCAUGAUCCUUUAAGACGAAAUUAUCCUCAGAACUUACCAUUGAAUUCAAAUUCAAAAGGAAUUUUACCUCAAACUUCAUCUAACUUAUCUCCAUCUGUUUUUCCACCUCUACGACGUGAUUCUUUACCAAACAACCUGCAUGAUCCACGAUCUAUGAAAGAAACUGUUAACAGUCACAGCAUCAUUCAACUAAAAGAGAAGCCAGUAAUUUUAUCAGAAUCUCGAACUGAAGACAAUAAUCUUGAUAUAAUAUCAGGCAAACCAGUUGCUCCAUAUACACCAGUAAAGUUACAUACAGUUGAGGACAGGCCACAACUGAAGGAUCACAGAGAUUUUGUAAGAAUAUCUGCUGCCAUUCCAAAUCAGAAAUCUGAAACAGCUGAACCAACCCAAUCAGCAACAUCAAUUGAUUCUGCUUUAAUAAAGAAAGAAGCUGAAGUUCCACAAAUUAAACAGGAACCUGCUCCUGUUGAUGACCUCAGUAAGAAUGCUCCCAUUGAAAUAAUGGCAUCAGUCAAAGAGGAAAUAAAGAGAGAAGUUACUUCUUCUGGUACCACAUGUCCCACCUUACCUAAGAAAGAGGAGAAUGACCUUCUGCCAUCUCCUAAGGAAAUUAAACCAGACACAACCAUGGCCAAGUUACCAAAUGAAAGUGCUCAAUCACCUCCAGUCGUCACAACUGGUGUCGUUUUAAAUCCAGACCCGGUACCAUUGAAAUCUAUAUUGAAAAAAGAGAAAACAGAUUAUACUCUUCCGUCUGGUCCAACUUCUACCAAAUCCCCUCUUGGAAAAAUUGAUUUUCCAACUGAUGUUUCAGCAAAAAAACCUCUGAAAAGGAAGCGGUCACCAAGCCCAACAGGAAAAGCUAUAAAUUCGAACCUCAAAACUAGUGUGUCCUCCUCAAAGAGCCAGAGCAAAGUUGCAGGUAAACCUGUCGCUAAGAAGUCAAGUAAAUCAACAAGUGUAGAGAGUCUCACAAAAUCCGAGAAACCAGCUGUUGGAAGUAAUAAGAAAGUUGGUGUCAAAGCAAGCAAAGACAAAACGACUUCUGUGUCAAAAGAACAGAGCAAACCAAGCAAUUUUGGAAAAGACUCAAGUAAAACCAAUGCAGUUAGCAAGGACUCAAUUAAACAGUCAGGUUCUGGUAAAGAAUCCAAAUCAUUAUUAAAAGAUUCAAACAAAACAUCUAAUGUUAAAGACUCCAGCAAGAGUAUGCCUGUUGGCAAAGAAACACCAAAAUCAACAAUUUUAAACAAAGACUGCACAAAAUUACCUCCAAGCAAAGACUGUGUAAAACAAGUUUCAAAUAUUAUGAAAGAUCCAGGAAAACCUAGUACUGUCAGUAAAGACUCUAAUAAGUCAGCCAGCACAAGUAAAGCACAAAAGGAAAAGAAAACUGCAAAUGAAACAGAAACAAAAAUUUCCAAAUCUAAAGAUGGAAGUAAAGAAAAUGUCACAAAGCUAGAAAAAAAGGAAAAUGGUAGCACAACAAAUCAGGACAAAAAGAAAGAUGAGGUGAAGAAAUCUGAUGUGAAAGAGAAAGAUGUUAAAACAAAGACUGUACCAUUUAAAGGAAAGAAGAAAGAAGUCAAAGAGAAAGUCAAGAAAGAGAAAGUAGAGGAUAUAGAAGAAACUAAACCUGUUAAGAAAAAGGUUGAAGAAGAAGUCAAACUCACAAAGGCAUUGAAGCAUUUAAGUGGAAAAUCCAAGCGACCAGACAAGAAAAUAAAAGAUGAAGUUAAAAAAGAAGAAGGGAAAGUAAAACAUCUGGAGUCAAAGACAAAAGAAGAUUCAAAAACCAAAGAGGAAUGCAAGGUCAAAGAAGAUCGACCAAUCAAAGAGGAAUUGAAGAAUAAGAAAGUUAAAAACUCGGUCAAUAAAGGUGUGAAGUUAAAGGAGAAGAAACCGCCGACAGAAAUUAAGAAAAAAAUUCUUCAGGUGUCUGACAUUUAUUCUGAUUCAGAAGAUAGUGAGUCUGAUUCAGGAAUUAGAGACAUUAUGAUUCCUAAACUAAAGAGAGAAGGAAGAAAAGUCAUAUAUGAUUCUUCAGAAUCAGAGGAGGAAGUCGCACCAGUUGAGGAAGCUCCAACCAAAAAGAACAAGGCAAUUAAAUCUCAAGCUAAAAAGUCUGUUAAAGAUAAAGAACCACAACUUGAUGUCAAGUUAAAGAAUGUAAAAUCUAAAGAAAGCCAAGAAAAGGAUAUUGGUAAAAAGGAUCCACAAAAGAAAAAGAAAGUGGAUUCAGAAAUUAUAUCAGAAAAGCCCACAAAGACUAUGUUGAAAAACAAGGAGGAUGCUAAAGAAAGUAAGAAGAAAGAUGAAAAGAGAAAAACAAAGCAAGACAAAGAAUUUGUUGCCAGUCAGCAGUUGGAAGACUUGGCAGCAAUGAAAGAGAACAUUGAAAAAGAAGAAUCAGUUAAAGGAAAUACUGAUGAACUGGUAUCAGACAUUGACGGAGGUGAUGUUUCGGAUAAUGAAACCAAUCUAAAAAGUUCCAGAAAAUUUGACAAAGAUAAGUUUAAGAAAAAAGUAAGGAAACCAAAAAAGGAAAAACAAAUUUCUGAACAACCACCAGUUGACAGCAAGAAUUCUAAGAAAUCUAAGAAAAUUAAAAAGAAAUCCACACCAACUGAAGGGAGGAACAUAGAGGAACACACUGAACCACCAUCCAUUGUUGAAGAGUUAUUGUCAGAAAAGAGGGCCUUGUACAGUGAUGGUGAAGCACAUGAAUUUGAAGGAGGUGAUCACACCAUAUUGCAAAUUGAUGAAAAUAUUGAGUCAAAUCUUAAGAUUGAUGAAGAAUUAAUCGAUAAAAUUGAAUGCCCAAAGACACCAAAUGUGUCUCUCUCAGAGCCUGAGCCAUUAAAAGAUGAAGAAGAAGAACUUGUUAAAGAGAAGAAAAAGUUGAAAAAGAAAGAGAAGAAAAAGAUGAGAAUAGAAGAUAAUGAUUGUAAAGAGUUUGAGAUGGAUGAAUCCUUAGAUGAUUUGAAACCUCUUUCUAUGGAUGACCACUUAAUCAUUGCUGAAAAUCUUCCUCAUGGGGAGCAUGUGAUUCAAGAGGAAGAGCAUCAUGAUCCACUAGAUGAAGAAAAGAUUGAAUUAAAGGAAGAAGAGCAAUUAUUCCAGUCUGAUGAAAGACCUUUUGAUGAUAAGGACCGACUGUUCAUUGAAAAUGAUGAGUCACUUGAUUUGAUAGAUCGACCACAUAAUGUGUAUGAAGAAAGUGACCUGAAAGAGAAAGGAGGUCUCAAAAUAUCAGAAGAAGAAUUAUCAGCAGUGGCUGAGAAAACUACAGAUCCAAAGAACUUAUAUUCUAUUGAAUCAGCAGAAGAACAAGAUACAAAAACACCAUUACUAAACAUGCAACAGACUGAACCUUUGCUUAAAACAGCACAUGAAAUGGAUUGUGAACCUGCACGAGAGGAUGGAAUAAGAGGUAAAACCAAACCUAAAAAAAGAGGUAAAUCAACACGGAAACCUAAGAAGUCCCAAGCAGAGAAAAAGGCUGCUGAGCCAAUUCUUACUUCUGAGCAACCUUGUGAAACAGAACUUAAAGAUCUUUCUGAUAUCCAACAACAAACCAGUUUGUCUGAAGAAGAAAAAGAUGUUAUGCUGAAUGAAGAAGCAAAUAACAUUGUGACAGAAGCUGCCAGCAUGAUAUCUAAUGAAGUGAACUCUGUAGAGUUAGCCACAAGGCUGAUAGAAAACAUCCCAGACACACUUCCAACAAACCCAGAAUCAUCCAGUGCUGACACCUCUGGUAUGGUUGACUCAAAGCUUAAGGAAAAUGAAACUCUUGCUGCUAAGGCAGAAGCAAAAGAAGAAGUUUUAGAUGCUGUUAAGUGGAUUGAAUGUGGCAUGGACAACCAGGAACAGCCAUCAUUCCCAACACCUGUUGAAGCUCAAGAAUCAACAGAAAUUGUUCCAAUUGAACAGUCAACUGAAAAUAAACAACUAGAAACAGAUGAUUCUCAUGUAAUUGAAGAAGUACCGGUCCCUGUCAAGGUUGAAAUAGCUGAGGAGAAACUGAAGAAGAGAACUCGUAAAAGUGGAAGAGGCAGUAAAACAAAGCAGACAAUAAUUGAGCCUCAAGAAAAAACAAUUACAAUAAUUGAAAACCCAUCAAUUUCAAUUGGCACUUGUCUAAAACCUGAUGAAAAUACUAAUGAGGUUCCUCUGUCUUGUGAAGGAAUCUCUGAUAACAAACAAUUGCUUGCUGAAACAGCUGUGCAAGUGACUGAGGAUAACAGCCUAACUGUUGAUACAGAGGCUAAACCAAAUUUCAAGAGUUCUGUCAGGAAGCAUAUUGAUCCAUAUGACUUCAAUGAAGAGGAUCACAGUUAUCAACGCAAAGGUAAACAAGGAAAAUUUAACAGUUCAAAGAAACAAACAGAAACAAAGGAUUCAGAGCAGAAGUUGGUUGAACAAAAAGCAGUCGAUAAUGUGUCUACUGAUAGUAAAGUUGCCGAUGAUCCAUAUGAAUUUAAGGGAAGUCCAGCUGAAGAGAAAAGCUCUCCCAGUAAAGCGAAAAAGCCCAAGACUCCAACAAGGCGUCCAACUGGACGUACCAGCAGAACUCGUAGUGCUUCCUCUAAAGGAAAGGAUCUCAAGGCAAAGGAUGAUCUGCUUGGAGAACCAUUGUCAGAACCCUUACCGGUAUCACCAAAGCCUGAUACAGUUGCAAAACUAUUGCAGAGAGAAGAAAAUCGAAAUGCAAAUUCUGCAGUUCCCUUUGAAGCUGGAAAGAACAUAGCUUCAUUGUCAACUGGAACACGAGUCCCAAUGGUUUCUAAUGUUGCUGUACCAUAUAUUAUUAACUCAUCCCUUGCAGCUCCAAUAGCACAGGCAAUUCCUACAACACAAAUUAUGCCAGGAUCAUCUGUCAUUGCUUCUCAACUUCCAACCAUGCAGUUAACAACAUCACCUCAUUCCUCUAUCCCAUCAAAGGUUAAUACUCCAGAAAACCUGACUGGUCACCUUAAUUCAGCACCAAUGGUAACACAUGUUCCCACAUCAUCUACAAUGGUAUGUCCAGUACUACCUGGGAAUAUGAAUGUCCACAACAGUAAAUCUGGAUCAGUAACUAGCACUGUAUCAAAUAUCAUUCCUCAUGUUCCAAUACAGCAGGAACCACCCACUAAAAGAACUUCAAGAAGAUCACGUAAGAAAGAUGAAAAUGCUCAAAAACAAUCACAGCAGCCACAAGAGCAGAUACCAACAAAACAAGAACCCAUGCAACAUCAACCACAGAUUGCCUUGACAAGACCACCUCUACAACUUGGAGUACCACUGCAGGUUCAUGUGCCACAGCAGCAUCAGACUAUGAAGCCGGCUCACCUGAGUCCAGCACAAUCUGGAACUGAGGUAGCAGAGAAAGUAGGCUUCGGGCACACUCCAACAUCAGAUAUGAAAUUCAGUUCUGAACAGCAAAGGAUUUAUCAAUCUGGACAUGUAACUCAAACCAGCAUAUCAACCCUGGCUCAUCAGGCAAAUUUGAACCCCACUCAGAUCCAAACUAACAUCUUUACAGUCCCAUCAUCAGUUUCAGCAACAACUUAUGCUGCAGCAAGUGUUCUUCGGGAGAGGCUUCUGUCAACAAGUGUUCCCCAGGGAAGAGACAAUACUAAAGUUGUAACAUCACAAAUGCAGUAUGUUCCUGGAUAUGCAAUGCCAACCUCAUCUGAUGCAAGACCAAAAAAUGAAUCCCUUCAUAGAGUAAUACAACCAAAUGCUGAUUAUGUGUCUCAGGAAAGGAAAGACCAACAUCAAGUAGUGCCACCAGGAAGAGGACCACAUCCUAAUGUUCAUGUAGUUGGAGGGCCAAUGUUCUUUAUUCCACCACCGACAGAAGUGGCUUCAGGAGUACCAAUGAGGCCAUUGACACCUGGGUUUCCACAGCCAAUGGUGCCACCUGGAAUAUUCCCUUACUCCAGGAAUAUACUAUUUCAAGGUGUUGAUCAUUUACAACUUGCAUCUCCUGGUGGAAGCAUGCCAUCACCUCGUAUGCCUGCUGCACCAGUCUCGUCUCCAGGGUUGUCACCAAAGAUUACUUCUCCCAACUCUCAAAUUCCCCACAAAAGGGGUACACCACCUGUGUCAGUUACAGAAAAGAAAGAAGAUGAUCCAAACAAUGAUCCAAAUAAAGCUAGUCACCUCCAUAUGGGUGGUCUACCACUCUCAAGAAUGGGAUUCCCACCAAUGAUCCACCGCCAUAUGCCUCCCGUGAUAACUGAGCCGCAUAUUAGCACUCCUAUAGCCGAACAGGUGAUAAGUGGAGAUUUGUACAAAGUGCCAGCAGGAUAUCAAGGCCACACUAAAGAUAGUCUUUCCAAUGAUCCUCAUUCACAAGGAAGAAGGAUUCAACCAGGUAUGGAAGCACCUGGACAACUUCCCAACAGGAUACCACCACCCCCACCUGCUUCAUCUCCAAUGCAGAGAAAGCAAGAUCAUCUUGGAAGUAUAAUGAUGCGAUAUCCUGUAAUGUGGCAAGGUGGCCUAGCCUUGAAGAAUGAGACGGCAUUUAUCCAAAUGCACUAUGUCUCUGGCAGCAUGGAGGUAGCAGGUCAAGCACUUAGUCAGACUAUGUCGAUGGAGGAGGAUUCACCGCCAUUGAGGGUUGCCCAGAGGAUGAGACUGGAGCAGUCCCAGCUUGAAGGAGUUGGCAGUAGAAUGAAGGUAAAAUCUGAGUCCUGUAUCUUGAUUGCCUUGGCUUGUGGAAGGGACCACCAUGAUGUCAUUUCCCAAACAGAGGCCCUCAACACAGGUUUCAUAACAUAUCUCCAACAAAAACAAGCUGCUGGGAUCAUCAAUGUACCCCACCCUGGAUCUAAUCAGCCUGCAUUUGUUGUGCAUAUAUUUCCACCAUGCGAUUUCACGCAAGUUAAUUUAGCGCAUGUUGCGCCCGAUUUCUUCAGAGACAUCGCGGAUCUUGCCCAUCUUAUGAUUGUCAUCACAACAACAUCGUGAGCAAGUGAUUUUGAAAAUUGACAAAUUUUCAGUUUAAAGGAUUUGUAAACAUUUAAACGGAUAUUUCAAUUGGAUGUUAAACUUUACAGGAAUGAUCUAUUGACUAGUCUUUUUAAUCCAAAGAUGUAUAUAGUUAAAAAUCUACAAGAGAUGUUAAUAGCUUAAGAAAUUGAAUCACAGAGUUUACAUUCAAAAACUAAGCUUUUAUUGUACAUUGGAAAGCAACUUUUGAGUGAUAUUUAAAGAAUGAAUCCAUCUGAAUUCAGCCACCUGGUUUAUGAACUAUUAUGAACUAUUACGAACUAUUACAAAUAUCUGGAAACAGUGACAUGGUUACAGCACCUGGUUACAAAUAACUGGGUAUAGCUGCGUGGUUACAACCACCUGGCAGCAAUCAUCUGGAUACGACCAUAUAAUUACAAACAUCUGGAAACACUGACAUGGUUACAGCACCUGAGUACAAACACCUGGUUACAAAUAACUGGGUAUGGCCACAUGGUUACGACCACCCGGAUAUUCAUGGAAGCUUUUGCCUUGUAUGUGGAAAUAAUUUUCAGAAUGAAAUCACCUUUUAGGAAAAGUGAAAAAAAAAUUAUUUGCUGACUGGUCAUCGGUCAUUGAAACUGAUCUUAAAAGUUGAAAUGUGCAAAUGACAUUUAUGUAGCAGAUUAUGAACUCUGCGAGUCAUCUCGAGUUGAAAUAGACUUACGGUAAACGUUAAAACUAUAUUUCGUUGUAUCGGACAAACACUAUAAGCAACAUGUAAUAUGGACCCUUGUAUAAUUGGAAAAGUUGUUAAUGCAUUCCAAAAAAUUGAGUAACGGAUGGUUUAAGCUGGAUAGGGCAGCGUUUAUAAAUGAAAUCCGCACCUCUGCGAGUAAUUUACUUGAUGAAAUUGUGUCAUGAAUCAGGAAUAUUGUGUUGCUUAUACUCAGCAUGUUUCAAUUUUGGACAUUGAAUUCUGACUCUCUCUCCGAUGGAGUGCAUUUUAACCAUCUGCGAUUUUUGUCUUGUGGUUAUUUGGCAGUAUUGAACAUACGUUACAGCAAAAUUAUUUUUCUAUAAGAUAAAGAUUUUGAAUUCUGUAGAAUUAUAAGAUCUAGAUCUAUCUCUUAGGAACAAAGACAUUUGUUUUUAGGAAAAUCUCAGAUAUAUAAAGCCUUGAUUGUUAAGUGAUUAUAUAAGUUGACCACUGAUGCCACCUCGGCAAACUGUUUCGUUGACAUUGUUUAGUGAAAUUUUUUGGAAUGGAUAAGACAGAAGCAUUUGAAAACAGUUGUUGUAUCCGUCCAAUAUCCUAAGGUCCUCUGUGGAUAAGUUCUAAAUUAAUUUCAAGAACAUCUAAUUUGAUAUAUCUUUAGUUGUCUCCUUUGUUAAUUCACCAAUCUGAUUUCUAAUUGAUUUAAAUCAAGUCAGUUAUAAAGUGUCUUUUAAUUUACAUAAUAUAGUAUUUAACCUUCAAACUUAAGUUCAAAGGUUAUUUUCUAAAUAUCCAUGCCUCAUAUUUAACAUGGCAAACACCGGGUGGAUCUUUAUAUUAUUAUGAUUUGUAUUAUUAUAAUUUUAUUUUCAUUAUUAAUAUUAUUAUUAUUAUUAUUGUUAUUAUUAAUGUUAUUUUAUUAUUAUUAUUAUUAUUGUUAUUAUUAAUUAGAAUUAUUAAUUAUUAUUGAUUAUUGUUAUAAUGUUAUUGUGAAUAUGUUUUCAUUGUUAUGUGGUGUGUGAGUGUGUAAGAUGAGAUUGUAGGCAAUAUUAAAAAAUAACUGUAAAUAUUGUAAACUAUAUCCCUGAGAUCAUGUGACCUGUUAUGUCAUUACAUGUCUGACCAUCCCAAAGUGCAUUGAACCUGUUGCUAGGAGCUAGCCUGUGAUUGUUCACAUUCAUUAUGACAUAGUGUUCCCUAUGUCAAUAAUGCAUUGAGAAUAUGUUUUAUGAACUUUCUGUCCUGUCUUGUCCGUCUUUGUACCAUUUUUGUGACUCGUAGGUUUUAUGUUAAUGAUGAUCAGUUUAUAACUGAAUUUUGAAAUGUUAAAAUUACCAGUUUUAAAGAAAAAUGGAUUCCUCUCUUCUAUAGAGUUUUAGAAAUUGUUGGAAAUUCACUGCAAUGUUUUUUUUCUAUUUUUCUCACAAAUCAGAAAUCUCUAUGUAACAAAUAAUUUAAAAUUGCAAAUUUGUUAUUCUUUUUCUUAAUAAAUGCACUUCGUCUGAUUCAGUGUUUUCGUCAAAGUUAAAUGAGUUUAAAUGGGAUAACAGACUCUGCAGUGUUCAAUUUUUGACUUAAUUUCUAUAGAUUUUGUUUUUAUCAAUUACUUUUAACAUAAUGUUUUUGUUUUUUUUCAGAAACUUUUCUUUAAUUAUUAAAAUUAACUUCAUAAAUGAAUAAAAUUGAAUCAUUAGUGAUUGAUAUCGUAAAUAAUGUUAUUCCCACGUUUCUCAUGACAUUCUGCUUUUUCGUAUUUUCUCUGUCAUUUGAAAACGUGUGCGUAAGAAAAUGUGUUUGUGAUGUUCGAUGCUAUUUUGGGAUGGUGCGUAAUCCGCCUAUAGAAGGCACAAUGAUCUUUGAUCUGGUUUUGUACGUACCAUUUUUCGUGUAAAUAAACUGAAGUGAGAUCUAUUUUCCAAUGUCAUGGAAUAAAAUGGAUGAAAUGUAGAAAAAAAAUAUUAAA